AGGUUGAGUGACUAUCUGUUCACAAUUGCCCGAUAUGCCUCAGUGCUUGAUGGGAACAAAGAAACUAUAUACAUAAGGCCCCAGUCACGCAAAGCUUCUAGUAUAGAAAGGAAACUAUCAGAAGGUCAAGAAGUUGUUCAGCAAGAUCAGUAAGCAGUUCUUUGGGUAAUUGUCCAAAUGUGCAUGCAAAAUGUGGUGAUUUGAAUAAUCAGUAAAGUGUAAAGGCAUGUAAGUAGUCGCCAUAUAUGUGAGAUAUAUCUUUAAUAAUGAAUGUUGUUAAAUUUUUAAAAAGGUUAUUUUCAGGUUUGAUGUUAAUAGAUUUUGACCAGUUACAUAAUUUAUAUAAUUGUUUAUACAAAUGUUGUGUUACGUAACACCUGUAUCAUAUUUUCUGGAAAAAAAAUAUAUUUUAGUUAAAAGAACUGCAAGAAUAGAAAGCUGGUUGUUGAUGGAUUUUCUCAUAGACUGAGAUCAUAUAUUUGGUUACUGUGAGCAAUUUUGAAUUUCUCAGGUCUUUCCCACUUCUCAGAUUACAAAACUUGUGGUUAGAUAGAGAAAUGUGACCAAUAUGAAUUGCUGUAGCUUAUUGCAUUUAGUGCACAUUCAUGUGUAUGUAUAUUUUUUCCCUCUUUUAGGCUUCCAUGAAAUCAAAAAGUAGGUUUGUACAGAAUAGGUUUGUGUUCCUGGUUCCACCAAUAGGGAGGAGCUAACCUUUGAAUAUAAAUCAGGGAUAAAGCUUUAGAAUCGUGUUUAAUAUAUCGUCCUAGAGUCUGGUCUGUCAGUAUUUCUUGUAUGUGUAACUUAUGCACUAAGGGUAAGUGUAGAAAUGUGUGUAAUAGGAUGGACCAAGGAAGAAAUGCCCAUUUCUUACAGUGAGUUAGAUCAGGAUGUAACACCCCAUAUUCAGAGAAAAUUAUAAUUUCCUUUUCUUUCUGUGCUCAGUUUUGUUUUACUUUAAAGCAACUUUUAGGCAGUCCAGUAGUGUUUGGUUUGUAUUCACAAAAAAAAAAGUCAGUUCUCAGUUCUUAUGUUACAGAAAAUAGAGGCUCACGAAUAGGGAAAGA